AUGAAUGACGGGGAACCUUUCCCAUAUGAGCCUUUUUUCAGGGGACCAGUUAGCAAGAGGAGUUGUACAGACAUUAUCUGCUGUAUGACUUUUGUGGCUGCCAUUGUCAGCUAUAUGCUUAUUGGCAUCCUGGCUUUGUUGUAUGGAGACCCUCGUCAUGUCCUGUUGCCCCGGAAUUCCACUGGGAUGUUCUGUGGAUCUGGAGUCAAUUUUGACAAACCAAAUGUCCUCUACUUUGACGUUCUGAAGUGUGCCAGAGCAACCACAGAAAUGGAUGCCACUCUAGAGGGUCUCCAGUGUCCAACCACUCAAGUCUGUGUUAAAAAAUGCCCUUCGGAGUUCUGGAAGUUGCCCCCAGAGGCGUAUGCCCCAGAUGCCCUACCUAAAGACUUCUUUCAGCAGCAGUAUUGUGAUCCUAGACUUGACCUUGCCCAAACCACAAUUGCACUAGGGAAAUGCCUGCCUAGCUUUGAACUACAGGACGUUCCUCCAGACUUCUCUCUCCCUGGAUUCGCUUCCGUAGAUGAAACAGUCAAGCACAUAAAGAGUGCUAUGGAAUAUCUGAUGUUCGUGCUACUGUUGGCUCUCAUCGUGGGAGUGCUCGUAGCUGGAGCGUAUGGUAUCUACUACUGUUACCGGGAAUAUAACCACUACAGACACUCCAAACUCACCCUCGGUGACAUUACUUAUAAUUCAGAAUUCUCUGUCUACCUUCAAGUGAAAGAGACGUGGCUGUUCUUCUGUAAGGGCUAUCAGAUUUUCUCACAAGACAUUGGUGAGCCUGUGUCUUUUGGAAUUCGUAAUUUUACUCUUCCUGACACAUCGGGGGAGGAGAAUAUCUGUUGCAUUGGCACUGAUCAAAGAGUCCAACAGAAAAUCACCUUGGAUACAAGAAACCCAUUAACAUUUUUCUUCAAAUCAGUGCAGUCUCGGCAUUCCUACAUUAUUACUCAUAUAAAGUAUCUUGACCAUAGGUUCAGAGACUGCCGGAAUUUCUGUUGUCAGUUUGUGAUGAUGUCCCUCAAAUGCUGCUUUUGGUUCCUGGAUAAAUUCCUCAAAUUCUUCCACAGAAACACCUAUAUCAUGAUUGCUAUACAUGGAAACAAUUUCCAUGUGUCUGGCAAGAAUGCUUAUAUGCUCUUGAGGAGAAAUAUUAACCGGGUGGUGGUGUUGGACUGUGUUACAGACACACUGCUGUUUUCCGGCAAGGUGCUGGUGGUCGGAUUAGUGGGUCUGCUGGCUUUCUUCUUCUUCUCUGGGAGAAUCAGGCUGCCAGAUGACAAUUUCCAGAUUCAGCUGCUGCAUUACUACUGGUUGCCCGUUAUCACGGUGAUGGCAGGAGCUUACUUGAUCGCUCAGGGCUUCUUCAGUGUGUACAGCAUGUGUGUGGACACCCUUUUUCUCUUUUGA